UUGGGAGCCACAGCAGAAGUGCAUAGCUUGCUGACAGAAGGCUUCGGCUGGCCUUUUCUACACACAGCUGUAUAUUCAGACACAGCUAAGGAUUCAUUUACAUAACACAAUUUUCUGAAGCUACCAGGUUCCCUCUGAGUACUGCAGCACACCACUCCGUCCAAUUGUUACAGUCACACCAAUAAUGGUCUGAAGAAGGGAAUCGGUGUGGUUUGCCUUCCCAAAACAAGAGAAGCAGCCCUCUGGCUAUACUGGGCAGAUCUUGCAGAGAAAGCAUAGGAGGGAAGAGGAUUCGUCGUCUCAGGGUCUGAAAUUGUAUCUUAUUUACUACAGAGGGAGAAGAAGCUGUCUGCAGUAUACAGGGUGAUGGCCAGAGGCUUCCUCCUGCACAGCCCCUUCUCCCAGCUUUGGUGGUGAGGGAGCUCAGCUUACUAGUGCUCGUUCUCUCCUGCUCCAGAGCUCCAAAUUCGGGAAUUACACUCAGGAUAUUCAACUCUCUUUCUGCUGGUUUUGCUCUCUGAAAAGAAGAACUGAAAGCCAGGACAGUGCAAAGCAAAAAGCUGCUCUAUUGUACUAAGGAAGAAACGUCUGUUAUUAUAGGACUAGUUGUGUGAGAGGAAAGAAUACUUAGCAAACAGUGUAAAAUUAAAGAACGCUUACACCAGGUCAGAUGUUGCGGCUUCACCAUAUCAAAGGUCUAUGGAAAUGCAGGAUCUAGCAAGUCCACAUAGUCGACUUAGUAGCAGUAGUGAUUCUCCCAGUGGGACAAGCCUUGAUAACUCUCACAUAAACAACAAUUCUAUGACACCAAAUGGCACAGAAGGGGACAGCAUGACACUACUGAACACUGCAGACUGGUUGCUAGGUGCUAGUGCGCAGACCGCUGCAGUUAAAACAGAGCCAAUGAGCGGCUGUGAUAUUGCUGCUACAACUGCAGACGGGUCCAUAGACAACUACUCAGGGUCAGUUAUUGGAAGCAGUGGAUUUAGCCCCAGACAAACACACCAGUUUUCCCCUCAGAUCUACCCAUCCAACAGAGCUUAUCCCCAUAUUCUUCCCACCCCUUCCUCACAAACGAUGGCAGCAUAUGGGCAGACUCCAUUCCCCGCAGGAAUGCAGCAAACCUCAGCAUAUGCUACAUACCCACAACCAGGACAGCCCUAUGGAAUCCCUCCUUACGGUGCAUUGUGGGCAGGCAUCAAGACGGAAGGAGGAUUACCACAGUCCCAAUCGCCGGGACAAGCAGGAUUCCAGAGCUAUGGUACAAGUUUCAGUGCUCCUCAACCAGGACAAGCACCUUACAGUUACCAAAUGCAAGGGAGCAGUUUCACCACAGCAUCAGUAAUCUAUGCAGGAAGCAAUUCACUCACAAAUUCAACUGGAUUUAAUAGCUCCCAGCAGGAAUAUCCAUCUUAUCCCAACUUUGGCCAGAGUCAAUAUGCGCAGUAUUAUAACAGCUCACCGUAUCCGUCACAUUACAUGACCAGUAGCAACACGAGCCCCACUAUUCCCUCCACUACUGCAACAUACCAGCUACAAGAACCACCUUCUGGUGUCACCAGCCAAGCAGUGACCGAUCCUUCUACAGUUGAAUACAGCACAAUUCAUAGUCCAUCAACACCUAUUAAAGACUCAGAUUCUGAUCGAUUGCGGCGGGUGUCAGAUGGAAAAUCUCGCGGACGGGGAAGAAGGAAUAAUAAUCCAUCCCCACCUCCAGACUCUGACCUUGAGAGAGUAUUCAUUUGGGAUUUGGAUGAGACUAUUAUUGUUUUCCAUUCAUUACUGACAGGAUCCUAUGCAAACAGAUAUGGAAGGGAUCCACCAACCUCUGUAUCACUUGGACUUCGCAUGGAAGAAAUGAUUUUUAACUUGGCAGAUACACAUUUGUUCUUCAAUGAUUUAGAAGAAUGUGACCAGGUUCAUAUUGAUGAUGUAUCUUCGGAUGACAAUGGACAAGACCUAAGCACCUAUAACUUUGGGACAGAUGGCUUUCCGGCUGCAGCAACCAGUGCGAACCUGUGUCUAGCAACGGGGGUCCGUGGAGGUGUAGACUGGAUGAGAAAACUGGCUUUUCGUUAUAGAAGAGUAAAAGAAAUCUACAAUACCUAUAAAAAUAAUGUUGGAGGUCUGCUUGGCCCUGCAAAGAGGGAAGCCUGGCUGCAGCUGAGAGCUGAGAUUGAAGCCCUUACAGACUCCUGGUUAACGCUUGCACUGAAAGCCCUGACACUAAUUCACUCUAGGACAAACUGUGUAAAUAUACUUGUCACAACAACACAACUUAUACCAGCACUGGCAAAGGUCUUGCUGUAUGGGUUAGGAGUUGCGUUUCCAAUUGAAAACAUUUAUAGUGCAACUAAAAUAGGUAAAGAAAGCUGCUUUGAAAGAAUAGUCCAAAGGUUUGGGAGGAAAGUGGUCUAUGUUGUUGUGGGGGAUGGAGUAGAAGAGGAGCAAGGAGCCAAAAAGCAUUCAAUGCCAUUUUGGAGAAUAACAAGCCACUCGGAUUUAAUGGCACUGCAUCAUGCCUUGGAACUUGAAUACUUGUAGCAGGAAAAUAGCACUUUGGUUCCUAAUACAGACCUGCCCCACUUUUGGGGGAACGUUCCGGUGUUCCUAUGAAACGGUGUCGUUAACUUACUAAUGUGGAAUUCCUACCGAAGGCGCUUAUCUUCUGUUUGACACACUGCUGAUAAUUUAAGCAAUGGAACUUAAAAGGGGGGAAAAUGCCUACAUUAAAGAACAGUCACCUUCAUAGCGGUUCUACAAGCAAAAUAAAGGGUUCAUACCUGUGAAGACCUUGCCGCUACUUUGUAGUCUUCAUGAUUUCCGCGUAGAGGAAGUUGACCAUGGGAUGGCAGGUUUUACUGCACAUUAAACAGCUAUGCUAAAGUCACUUAGUAUAGUGCCCUGAAAAGUUUACUGUCUACACUAUUUAUGAAUGGACAUGUCAGCUUGAUAUACAGAUAUAUGAUAAGGCAAACAAGGUACUAAAGGUCUCUCUUUAUGACGUUGGGCAGGAGAGCCUGAGGCCGGCCUAGGCAGUCUGUGUCUGACUAGAAUUAGUUCCACAUGAGCUUAAAGCCGCAGGCUGCCUACCUCUGGUCUAGCAUAUGUAUACUGUAAUUUAAACUAUAAUUAUGUACAUCACUGCGACAAUCAUGUACAGAAAGAUUUUUGUGUAAAUUUGUAAUAAUGGAUUCUUUUACAUAUGGUUUAGGUAAAUAUUAUUAAGGUAGCAAUGCCUUAGUAGGUCAGAUGUGCAGGGCUGCGUGUGUACAAACUGUUGUGCAGUGCCUUAAGAAAGUGUUAGAUAUAAAUAUGUAGAUAAUGGGGAGAGAGUUGGGUUUGUUUUUCGUUUUUUUUUUUACUGUAGUUGAAUUUGUUAAGACCAAAAGCAUAGAUGUCAAAUGUCAAUAACAAUUUACUGACUUGUUUCUUUGCCAUUCACAUAUACUGUGCAAGCCUAAAUCAUCAUCAUCAACAUACACAUAAACCGGCUCUCGCAGCACACCAGUGUGGUUUUUUUUGUUUUUUCCCUUUAUGCAACUUAAAUGUUCCAGAAAUGUACACUGGCCAGGUAAAUUCACAGAGGUGAGGAUUUCCAACAUAUACAAUGUAUGUGUUUGUGUAAUAGGAACAGCAAAUCUGGGAAAUUGGAAAUUAUCACAAUUAUAUAAGAUCUAACAAGAGUCAGAAAAUACAAGCAGAGGUAUAUGCUGUGGAUGGGAUCCUUUAUCCCUUUGCCAACGAGAGCUGGCAAAAUCUGAACAGUUUCAGUCCAGCCAGACAUUGGCACACUCAUCACGUUUAAGUAUAGUGCAGGUAAAGACCAUUCUCUGUCCUUCAGUCCACUGUAUUCAAACACUGCAAUGUACAUUCUGGUUAUUUUAUACACAGGUGUCAAGAGGGGGUGAGGGAGAGGGUACUAAUUACCCAAACCGUGUCCCCUUUGCAGCGCUGCUGAGGGGGACGUAUAUUAUCUGUUAAGCUUCUACUCCCCCAACAACAUGUUUCCCCGGAUUUGGCAAAGCCCCCCACAUCCCCGCCCCACCCUUCCUGUACUUGGGCCCGUGGCCGCUAUAAGUGGCCCUGAUUUUAUAUAGCAAAAUAUUCACAUUUUGCUUAAUAGAUACACAUGGGGUCUUUUAUACUGUCAGUGUCAGCUUUGUUCAAGGAACCUUUAAUAGCUUUGAAAAUAAAGAUCAUUGUUUUCUAUUGAAAAUUGCUGUCAGUGUAAAGUGACGUUUCCAAUAUACUUGAUUGAAAGACCAUAAACAAUAUUUAUUAUCUGCCAAUUUGGAUAUUGCUUUCAUUAUUCAUUAUCUAAUGAUUUGGAAAUUGUCAGUGUAUGUUGAUAUGCAGUUGUGAUGUUCACAGUUAUUCAAGCUACAGUAAUACCAGAUUUAUCAGCACAUAUAAAAGGCACCAAAUAAGUGUCCAUUGCACCCACUUUGUGGCAACCUACGCUGGUAUGCUAAUAGAGAGACAGAAGCCAGUCCAUACAUUAGUUGGAACAACAAAAGACACCAGCCCAAACUUAGUGCUUUCAAAAUAAUUCUAAAUAACAGUGUACCAAAUAUUAUUUACUGUAUAUAUAUUAUAUGCCAAUCAUGGUUUCUUAAUUCUUCAUCCAAUAGAAUCCUUUCAGAACUCUCAAAGGGUUAACUAUAAUAUAUCAACAUACCAAAAAAAGUUACACCACGGCCCCACAAAGAAGGGGAAAAUACUGAUAGUGUAGUAAUUUAGAAUUUGAAUAAAAUAUAGGACCCAAAUUAUAGUGUACUUCAAAUCAACUUUCAUCAAGGCUUAGCUGAGUUUUCUAGCUUUCUAGUUCCACCAAAGGGGAAUAACUCAGGGCCAUCUUAACAUUAUAGUAGGUCCUGGGUAAUGCACUGGGACACCAAACCACCCCUUCACAGGAACAAUGUGCUGUCCUGUGCUGUCUCUCCUCAUGUUUCCAUACAGUGAAUGACUGUCAGCACUCUGAUUUGUGGAUAGCUCCAGCCCUCCACCAAUCAGCACAUUGAGAGUUUACAGCCAGUCACUAUGUGGCUACUGGCUGGGAGGCAGGUAGAGAAUGCUGCCCCACCGCUAUGAUUGUGUAACCACCACCUGCCACUGCUCAGAGGCCCCUAGAAUUAUGGCAUCCUGGGCCACUGCCCAGUGUGACAGUAUGUGAAGAUGACCCUGGAAUAACUCCUACUCCUUACUGAUGCUAUCUAGAACAUACCCACAUACCAGAAACAUCCAUCAGGUAUAAUGGUGUAUUAUUUUGUUAAAGUAGUAUUAAUUCACCAAUCACAGACAGAUUCAUGCAUACAUUUUAAAAACUUGAUUAAGAGCUUAUCUAACACUGGUUGUCCUGUACAAGUAUAGACCACCAAACUCUGCUAAACCCGAAUCCAGAUGUGAACUCCAGCUGAAGUUCUGUUUUGCAAGGUUUCCAAAUCAGAGUUCCAGACAAAAUGGAUAAUCUAAUGCAUUCUGUUGUUUCCAACUUCCUCAGGGAUGUGGUCCCCCUUCCUUCAUGUAAGGACCGUGCUAAAAUGGCAAUGUUCGAUCUUGAUUAGUGGUUCUCAAUCAUUUUCCACUUGGACACAUCCUGUCCGGGCCAUCUGUGCUAUUUAUACCUACAACAUUUGCAAAAAAAAAACCCCAAAACAUUUUAAUUAAUAUAAUUGGUACCAGAUAAAAUAUAUAGGUGUCGUUAUAGAUAAAAUCAAUUAAUAUGCUACAAACAAGGUUUAAAAAAAGACACAAAAAUAGAAUGAAUUGUACAUACAGUACACAGUAUACAAUAUAUUUGUCAGAAAUUUCAAUUUAUGAAAACUUCAAAAUAACAAUAAACCUAUAGACCCCAUAUGCUUUCUUUAACCACAUUUUUAUAUUGUUAUCAUGAUACCACUGUAAAUCAUGGGGUCAUAGAUCCCCAGGAAACUGCUUUCCCUAUGUAUCUAAUUAUCACUUGUAUGUCCCACCUCGCCAUUACUGAACAUUUUUGAAGUUCCCCUGAAUGUUACAGCAGUACCCCUGCUGUUAUACUAUUGGUAUCCGGAUGAUAGACAGUGUCUAGUUAGACAGUCAAUA